UGUCCGUCCAGUCGCUAUUCGCGCACCAGUUAUAUCUCUUUCGGAGCUUGAAGCUUCGACAAUUCGGUCCUUUCCUCCAUUUCCUAGAUAUUUUCUACGAUUAUGACGGGUCCCCGCCUUGAGCCGUCUUACGCGCCCGCCGGAGAAUCGGCGGCUGAUUUGUUGGUGGAGCGGUCCAAUCUUAAUGGCAUGGCGCUUUCCUUAGUUGCUUACGGCAUUCUCUUCACCAUGGCCAUUCAAUGUUAUUCCGGUCUUUUAUCUAUGCGUGCACGGCGGGGAACAACGCAGUGGUGGUUAUGGAUAUACGUCACUACUGUUUUGGCACUAGCGACUGUGGCGAUCGGAGGAAACCAGAAAUUCACUGAAAUGACAUACAUCGAUUAUCGAGACUACCCUGGAGGUCCCAAUGCCUUUACUACGGACUUUUAUGCAACGCCAAUAAAUCUAAUGUGUUUUAUUUAUGUCUCUUUGGGCUGGUUUGCCGAUGGCCUCGUCCUGUAUCGGUUUUUCGUCAUAUAUAACCGCAGUAUUUGGGUUGCCCUAGUCCCAGCUGUUCUUUUUUUGGCCGGAAUAGGUACCUCUACCGGCCUCGUUGUCUCCAUCGCCAAGUCCGAGGAAAGCUUUUGGGCUAAUUCCAGUGUCCAUUUUGGUAUUGCGUACUGGACGAUAUCUGUGUCUCUCAAUGUCAUUUUCACCUGCCUGAUCAUCACCCGACUUCUUAUAAUACGCAGACAAGUUAAAGCGAUUAUAGGUUCCAGUCAUGGAACACAUUACACGUCUAUCGUUGCAAUUCUGGUCGAGUCUGCCUCGUUGUAUUCUGGGUGGGCGUUGGUCUUUCUGAUUACUUACGCUCGGAACAGCUGGGUACAGAACAUACUGCUCCCACCACUGGGUCAAAUACAGGGCAUCGCACCUCUGCUUAUCAUAAUGAGGGUUGUCAGUGGAAGAGCUUGGAGUAAAAGCACAGACUUCAAUACAUCCUCAAUGCAAUUCACGCCAGCAUCUUACCAAAGGAGUGGUCCCACUAACCUCGUUCCAUUAAAUCACUUGUCGUCGUGCUCUCAUUGGACCACUGAGACGAGCGCCAUCCCAACGAUUUCCAACGAAUCUGACGUAUAUAAACCCGUUCCUGCCUCAAAUCAGGAUGUGGAGGCCCGUGCCAGAUAGCAGGCCAGGGACGUUUGGAGUGUACUGUAUUUGUAUGCUUAAUCGAGGGAACAAUCGCGAUACCAUACUUGAUUUAUUUGGAUGUAUAACGGUUUGAAGAGACUUGUAAAGGUCGGCGUGUGUUACGUCAAGGGG